UUUAGGUCUCUCAACCAGUGGACCAGAUUUCUAGUCACAGUUCCUGCCAUCUAACUCCGUACUCAUAUUUCUCCUUUAAGCUUUGUUGACAAGAGAAGUUUGAAAACUGUUGAAUUAACCAUGAUGGAAUCGAACAAUGCGUCAAUAUUCGGGAUAGAGAGCACAGCGGAGCGAGUAGUGUGGGCUUGUUACUGCACCUUCGUUCUGAUAUCCAGUAUUGUAGGAAACGCUAUCAUUCUGGUGGCCUCUAUCAGACACAACGCCCUCAGACUCAACCACUUCUUAGUGACCCUCAUGGAGCAGAUAGCAGUCUGCGAUCUGAUCACCUCACUCGUCUACGCACUCCCAAUGGCAGUGUCCCUCGUCGCCAAUAAGUGGGUUCUUGGUGAUGCGCUGAGCUACAUCGCAGUGUAUUUGCAAUACAUUUUCUACCCGGCAGGGGUACUUUUUGUUGCUGGUUUAACCACCAGUAAGGUCUUCAUUCUCUGGUGGCCAGCCAGCACCAUGGUCUUCUUAAAAAAGAGUAAGAUCUACAUAGUAGGUGCUAUUUGGACUAUAUCUCUCUAUUUUCCAGUGGCAUUCUUAGUCGUUGAUAAGGACAAUAUAUACUUUGACUACAAGAUAUACUCGCCUCUCUACAAUAUCACAGACAAGCCCUGGGAUAAGCUGAAGCCAGCAGGACUCACCAUCUUAUCAAUAGUUCCAAAUCUAUUGGUCAUAGUGUCCACUGCAGCUACCUUAGGGAUGAUCGUCAAGUCGAGGAAUGUGUCAAAGAAAAGUGGGGGGUCUGUGCGAUGGCAGGGAGUGACGGCGGUUCUCCUGACCGCUAUAGUCUUCUGUGUCUCAACUCUUCCCUACACAGCGUAUACUCUCAUCAUUUCUCCCUUCGUAGAGGAGAACCCGCCGGGGAUAUUGAAGAUUCAUUAUAAAAGAUAUUCAGCUUUCCUCUCGCUGUUUAACCUGAUGGCAAACUCCUACAUCUACACUUACACCAUAGCCAGCUACCGGGCCUUUCUCCGAUCAAGGAUACGUCUGAUGCUGUUAUGUCUCUUCCCAGACAGAAGAGUGACCUACUCUUCUUCGCGUAGACAAGGAGGGAUUGGCUUAACUUCAUAUGCAGUAGGCAAUGAUCUGAAGACAACAAGAGAAUCGUCUCGGGCUCCCCGAGCUGAAAACUGUGACUUUUGAAGUUUUAACUAGGCGUUGAUUUAAAUUGAUUAGUAUUUUUUCAGACAUAAAUAAUUGAGAUAUAAACAAAUAUUUUGACGAUUCGAUUUGAAUAAUUAUUUUAUUAAAUCUUAUUUUUUUGUGGAUUUAACG